AUGAGCUACGCCAGAAAGCGCACCACAAAGCAACCCCGUCGGUCUGAUGUGCGGGCCAAAAAGGCAAAAAUUGACGAAUUAUCAGAGUCGGAAGCUGAAAGUUCGCAAAACGCUCCCUUGUCCAUAUCCGUGGAAGUUGUUCUCACAUCUCCGGCCCCCAGAGGAAGACGACAAACGGUGGUUACAGAAAGCGGCGAGAAGUGUGAGUUGAUAGCUAGGAAGCAGUCACAACAAAUGCAUUUUUCAGUCGCCAUAGUGAAGCCAAUUGCUGAGGGAACCUUUGGAAAAGUAUACCACGUGACUGAUAAAAAGGUACGCCUAAAACUCUUUUUAUCUUUAUAUAUAUAACUUUUUAGAAGAAAGCAUGGGCUAUGAAACUGUCGAAGAACUGCGAUGAUGUAGCAUUUUUUCAUGAUCACGAAAAGAAUGUGAGUUACCUAUUCGCAAUUUAAUUUUUAUAAAGUGAUUUUUCCAGAUAACGGAUCGAAUCGGCAGAGAAAACCACAAAAACCUGAUGCCUCUGUGCACUUUCGGAAAACUUGAAACCAAAGUGGAGGAUUGUGCUCAAUGGAUGAUUCUCAUGCCGCUGCUAGGACCAUCUGUGCGUGAAGUGAUGAAGAGGGCAGCAGAAUCUAUGACGGGCGUCAUCCAUUCCUUCCCGGUGGAGGACAUAUUUAAUAUAGGGAAACAACUUUUGGAAGCCAUUGAGGUUCUCGACACAUUAGGAAUUGCUCAUUUGGAUCUGAAGCCUGAGAACAUGCUUUUCAACAAUCCGAAUCUGAAUGUCAAAUUGAAGAAGGUCGAUGACAACACUUACCAUACCGUGGUCAACGAUUUGCACAUCAAGCUCGGAGACUACGGGAGUACAGGUGUCUUCACCAAAGGCAAGACACACUUCUCAGAGGUUCAGACGCGAUGCUACCGAGCUCCCGAAAUAUUCCUUGGUCAGUUGUGUUUUUGGAAAUUGAAUUUCAAUUAUUUGUUUUCAGGACUGCCAUACACACAUACAACGGAUAUAUGGUCAGUCGGCUGCAUACUCACCGAGCUCUACACGGGCAAAAUUUUGUUCAAUGGACCGAAAAGUGAACCGAACAGACCGUCGGAGAUCGCCCAGUUCUUCAUGAUGAUGGCUGUGCUGAAUAAGAAACCAUCGCGUGACCAGAUCGCCAAAGCUAGCCGGUAAGCAAUAGACCUGGUCGAUAUGAGUAAUGAUUUUGUUUUUAGAAGUCAAAAGUAUCUCGACAUACUUGACAACAAGAGUUGGGAGGAUGAAAUUGGACCGUUUCCAUUGCUCAUGGUGAGUUGAAAAGUGAUUAGCUGUUUUUCAAUUAACUUGUUACAGGAUAACAUCCGUAAAGGUGACACGAACUACAACGUGGAACAUUUGUUCUGCGUUAUCAACUACUUUCUCUCCUUCGACCCGAAUUCCCGACCUGCUGCCUACCUCGCUAGGAGACACCUCUAA